AUGUCCUGGAUUGGGCAGGGGUAUGGCGAUAAUUGUUUAUGUUCUCAUCGUCAGUCUCCGGUUUCGACCUUGCCUUCACGGGAUGAUAAAGAUGGGUCAGUAUCCCAGAAUCUACUAACCUACCUAAGGUCAAUGGCGUGCGCAGACCCUGGGGUCUUCAGUGGUGAAAGAAAUGAAAAUUUCGAAGAGUUUGUAAGACGAUUCAAAAGAAAAUAUGAGAAAGUUAUAGGAUGCGAGGCCACCCUGAUAGAAAUUUUCGGUGAUGACCACCUGGGUGGUCGAGCGAAGAGUGUAUUCACUGCCCUUCCUCAGCGGACGAAGGAACGCGGUCUGGAUUUUGUCAUUGGAGAACUGGCCAGGCUUUUGUCGCAAGAAUCGACGGCAGGAAGGUUACGAGCCCUGACAGAACUGAGGAACCUGAAAAUGAGGCCUGGCCAGGAAGCCUUGGAAAAUCUGGGAAAACAGGCCAAUCCAGACUGUACAAUUGAGGAACGCUCGUUGGAAUACGCCCAGAUUCUCCUGGAUAAUCUCAGUGAUUGGCCCGAACACUUUCAGUUGGUAGGGGCUCUACACAGGGUGGAUGCCCGAAAGGCGUACGAAGAGGUCAAACAAUUAGCGCUCAGCAUAGAGCAGUCUAAGCUGGUGUUCGGAGUUAGUAGGAGAUCAAGUGUAGGUCAUUGGAAAAAUAGGGCCGCUCAGUAUCGUAGUCAUGGAGGUAUGAACAUGUCAGAAAAGGCACAGUUCACUCACGUCGGGGUCGAGAACGUGAGUGAAGAGGGAGCUAGGAUAUAUGAAAAUGACGGACGAAACAACUAUCGAACAGGCUCAAGGAUAAGAAAGGAGUCUCAGGAGCAAAUACGGUACAGUGAGGCUGAUGAGCUCGAUUCUUCGCGAAGUGUUGCGGACAACAGGAAGUGUUAUAAGUGUUUGAGAUAUGGACAUAUAGCCAGGAACUGCCCUCUAUCUGCAAUAAGAGUGAAUCAAGUCAGGGAACAAGGUAGUGCUGAGAAGAAAACCUUGUCGGAGAUCAUCAACCAAGCCCGAAGUCUAGGGAUGGUAGCACAGGACAUUGGAAAGGCAACUGAGUUAGUAGGUAAUAGAAUUGUCAAGCAAUUGAAUCUCCUUGGUGGUCGACAUCCGGUACUGAUCGACACAGGGUCAAUGAUUAGUGUGAUACCCGUGGAAACUCUAGCAAAAGCACAGGAUGAAGGAAUGAACCUGGACGCGCUGAAACUUGUAAAGGAAUCUCAGCUUGCGCCUGUCUUUGAUGCAUCCGAUAACAGGAUGAGAUUUUUCGGAGCGGUAUACAUUGAGACCGAGCUAGAAGGAGGGAACCGAGCUUUGGUACCGUUCCACAUAAGCCCGAGUAAAGGCGACAUGAUAAUACUUGGUACUAAUGCCCUAAGAAAGUUGGGUGUGAAACUUUCCAUAGUUGCGGAUAGAAAGGAAAGCAGUAAACAGUGGACGGAAAGAGAAGAUGAGAGCAAUGCAACGGUGGUAAGGCGCAUGCACGUACCUACCCGCGGCGCAGCUUGGGUGCAUGCGCAUGACUAUAGAAAAUCUUCAGCGGAAGUAGGGGAGAGGUGGAUCAGUGGAGGAAGUGUAGCGCACGAAGGAUACACCGUUAAGAAUCUAAUGGUCAGUCCACCUUCUCGGAAGAGAAGAGCCAAUGCGGGACGCAGGAGAACACGUAAGAAUGGGGAAAGAUUGCCAAAAGUUGUAUAUGAACCUGUAAGAGAAGCUGCGUCCACAAUUUGUAAAGCCCACAGA